AAGUUAUGUCAUUCCAUGAUGGCCGAAGAUCCUGGUGGAACAAUUUUCAAUUGCUUUCAAUUUUUUCUUUCUUUCUCUCUACCUCAGCUUGCCAUAGAGACAUGGCAGGAACCACGUGCACGUUAAGCGUUCGCAGAUCAUUCGUGUCAACAUGCCCAAGAAAGGGAACCGAAAACGGCUGAAAUUUAGAGCUGGGGACGUUUUUUCGGAAUCAGUGACAGUUGCCGAUUACGCUGAUGCCGACCCAGCAGUUGUGAAGUCAGGGAGGGUGAAGAAGGCUGUUGCAAAUGCAGUCGAGAAAGAAGUAAAAUUACUCUGUGGCCUGGAGGCAUCUCAGGGUGCUGUAGAGGAGGUCCUAUCGUCUUCACUGAGUGUCAAAGAGGAUGGUUUGGACAGCAGUGAUGACCUGGACCCAGAAGAAGAUGGAGAGCAUGAUACUAAAGUGGCACACAAGAAGAAGAACAAGAGGAGAAAGGAGAGCAGUGAGAGCAGUUAUGGGGGGGAGUAUCCAGUGGAUGUCUGGUUAAUGCUCGCCUCCUAUAUUCGGCCAGAGGAUGUGGGCAGAUUUGCUCUAAUCUGUAGGAAUGCCUGGACAGUCACAUGCACCGCUGCCUUUUGGACAAGGCUCUACCGAAGGCACUACAAGAUUGAUGCUGAUCUACCAUUCCGCCUCAAGCCCGACUGCAUUGACAGGAUGUGCUCUCUACGUGCCCGUGUGAUUCGCUCGCUUUUCCAUUUGUACAAGCCAUUCAGCCUGCGUGUCUCAAAGAUUCCUGCUCUGCCAGAGUCCACACCAACAACCUUGCUCAACUCCAAGUGUUUAUUGUUCUGGGUCACAAAGGUGUCAGGGACUCGGCCUGAGCAAUUGUGGGAGUUCAACUUCAAGUUUCUUAAGCAGCAAAGACACAGUAAAAAUGGUUGUGCCAAGUCUUUGUACAUGCCCAGACAAUACGAAGAUGUCCACACAAACCCAGACUCUGACUGCUACGUGCUUCAGGUCACCACACUCAACUUCAUCUUCACCCCUGUGGUCAUGGGCAUGAUACUCUCCCUGUUCACAAUCAACGUUAGCACAGACAUGCGCCACCACCGCGUUCGUCUGAUGUUCCAGGACACGCCACUCCAGCGGUGGAAGAAGAGGGGGGAUCAGGGCGGGACCCAGGUGGUGCUGGAUCCAGUACACAGCGUAAAGCUCAUGGACUGGUGGCACCCACACUACCCCUCCUCACCCUACAUUUAGGAAUACUGUCCUGUCAGCCCUUCUCGCUUGCCAAUCAUCAGAAAUUCAAUAUGGGAGGACUCGGCAAACCCCUGGAAUGUAUUCAUUCACAUUUUAUUCAACAUUUCACAAUUUUAUUGUCAUUGUCUGAUGUUAAAUAAAUCCCAGGUUGACUGGCCUGAGUUUGAAUGUUAAACUCUAUCCUCCUAAACUACUAUUCCAGUGAAACAGAAACAUUAACCGCAGUCAGAGAACUGGCGUUCAACUUGCUGAUGUAGCUGUCAAACCUUCGGUGGUCUUCACAAUCACUCAGUUACACACAUGCCUCCUGCGAAAUGUCAAUUAAACCACAUUACAGAACUGA